AUGCUGGACAUCGAACUGCCGUACGAGCUCCGUGCACUGGAGACAGCGCUGUACGAGGCAGUACGGCUGCUGGAUGCGCAGGUCGCAUGGCUCGAGGAGCACGUGCCCCGGGCCGCUGAUGACCUGGCGCGGGGAGUGAGCCCGGCCAAGUUGGAGCGAGUUCGGGAGGCCAAGAGAGCCAUCAAGGCGGUGGGGGGCCGGGCCCGCCGCCUGUCAGCGGCACUGCGCGGCAUACUGGAUGAUGACGACGAUAUGCUGGUACGGCCGAUAACGAGAACAAAGAAACGCUGUGGCGGCUCGCCGUGGACGGCAUCCCCCUGCCCGGCAACACGCACCUGGCCCGCAUGGUGCCGGAACGCUGAUGGGGACUCCAGCGAGCAAUCGGAAGCGGGCAGUAGCAGCAGCCUGGCGACCUCUGAUUGGGCUGUACGGCAGGCCGGCGGCGGCGGCGGCGGCGGCGUUCCACGUGCCUCACCCCACGAUGUCGAGGACUGUGAGAACCUUCUCGAGUUUUACUACGUGCAAGCCGAGGCGCUGCUCGGUCGCCUAGAGGCCCUAACGGAGCGCAUCGACGACACGGAGGACCUCGUCAACAUCGACCUCGACAACAGGCGCAACCAGAUUGUGGGUAUCGACCUGGUGGUUACCUCCAUCACCUUGAUGUUCACGUUCGUGACCUCCGUGGCCGGCAUCUUCGGAAUGAACAUGCGCAACACCAUGGAGGAUAGCGUGGUCGCCUUCUACGUCACCACAGUCGCGUCCUUCCUCGGGGGGCUCCUCAUGUGUGCGGCCUUCCUAGGGUAUGUCGUACAGCGCCGCCUGCUGAUGCUGCCAACCGCCAAUGGCGGCGGUGGAUGCGGUGUAGGAGGUUGGGGAUGGUUUGGGGGAGGCGGGAGGGGAGGCGGUGAGGGGUGGGGAGCGGUGGGGGCCGGGCAGCUGGGUUUUGGUGGCGGGGGGAUGGGAGGGGACGGGGGAAGCUGGUUUGAGGGGGAGGGGGAGGGGGAGGGUGGCAGCAUGUGGACUUGGGGACGGAAGGACAAGGUGGCGUGA